GAGCGGGAGCGCGCCAACCGUUCUACCACCCUCCUGAGCAAUCGUGGAAUAUGAGAAGUGGCUGUGGAGGAGGGCUGAACGGUUGAGCCCGCGCCCUCGCUUGCGCUUCGGUCCCACCUGCGCCUUCCCGUUGUAGAAGGCUACCACGAAGAGAAUGGCGGGCGGACGUCCGCCAGUUUCCCCGCUUCCUGCUUCCGCCUCCCCGCUCCGGCUCUCGUUCUCUGAGCAAUCUUGGGAUGUGGGAAAUGUGGCGCGGGAACGGUGUGAUCACUCUGUUGUCUGAGUACAUAUCUUGAAUAUCCAUAUAUCAAAGCAUAUCCCAGACGUGGCUAUCACUCUGUUGUCUGAGUACAUAUCUUGAAUAUCCAUGUAGUACUAAGGCAUAUCCCAGACGUGGCUGCUGUUGGCAGGGCAAAAACAAGGCGGCAUGAAGCGUAGGAGGAGGGGAGCUUGUUAACGAUUGAUUGAAUAGCGUGAAUUGUUAUGAAUCCGGCCUUAUGUUCAUCAGUGCACGGACGGAAUUGAACCGGCACCCUCAGCCACAAGAGCCAAGUCUCUUAAACCCUACACCCGCCACACGAGAUCCCAUAAGUUCUUUUUUUUGGCUUUUUUUUCCCCAAAUUUAGACGAUCAAAUUAAAUUAGGACCGCAAAAGAGUGUGAAGCAAAGAUACGAUAGUCAAGGUUUCCCUUAGCUCGCUGUGGAUUCCUUCGCUGUGGAAGCUUAUACACACACGUGCAGCCUCCUCCUCCUCCUCCUCCUCCUCCUGCUCCUCCUCCUCUUCCUCUUCCUCUUCCUCCUCUCGUCUUUCUCCCCCUCCUCAUCAUCUGUCAUCUGUCAUUAUCAUCACAUCAUCAUCAUCAUCAUCAUCAUCAUCAUCAUUAUCAUCAUUAUCAUUGUUGUCCUCCUCCUCCUUAUCGUCAUUACAUUACGGACUACGACAGGUUGAGGAGCAUCUUCGUUUCCACAUCAUCAUCAUCAUCAUCAUCGUUUCCACUGCAGUGAGAUAAAGCAUCUGAAACGUUUCAGGAUAUACACGAGUUGGUGUUUUUUAAUCGUUUUUAAAGUUUUUUUUUGCAUUUUUCUUCCUUCCAUUUUCACAUAUUUUCUCGUGGUCCAUUAGUUGUGUUCCUUCCCUUGCUCGACUAGUUAGUGGACUGGGGAUCUAUGUAGAGUCGCAGAAAAUUGUGGAUAUCAGUUGUGUAUAGUACUAUAAUGAGUCGAAUUGUGGAUGGUUCUAUAACUGUCACAAACAAAAUAAAGGAUGUUCUCACAAAGAUUAAUUAAUUCAGAGAUCCAGAAAAUACUUAAUCGUCAUGACAAUUAAUUCAAUUUAAUUGCUUAUUAUGUACAUGAUUGUUUUCACGUAUACAUAUGUAUAUAUGUAUAUAGAUAUAGAUAUGGAUAUAUGUGGACAUGUCUCUGUUUAACGAUAUAUAUAUGUAUAUAUUGUCACAAUAAACACAUGUGUAUUUGUCGCAAAGAAGGUCGUGGAGAAGCUUUGUCUACUAUUCACUCUUCUUGUCCCUUACACACCUACUAAUCAAAACAAACAAAGAAACAAAGAAACAAAGAAACAAAGAAACAAACAAAGAAACAAAGAAAGAAACAAAGAAAGAAAGAAACAAAGAAACAAAGACAGAAACAAAGAAAGAAAGAAAGAAAGAGAGAGACAGUCUAGUUCUCUGUUACAUACCUACUAAUUGAAAAGAAAGACAGACAGUAAGAAAGAGAGAAAGGAAGAGAGAUCGAAACAAAACAAAUAAACACAAUACCAGUUUAUUAUUAUCUUUUUUUUUAGAAAAAAAAGAGUUCCGUUGUCUGUUACACACAAUACCUACUAGUUGAAAAAAAGACAGAGAAAGAAAGAGAGAAAAAAAAAGAGAAAGAAAGAGAGAAAGAAGUGAAAGAAAGAAGUGAAAGAAAGAGAGAAAGAAAGAGAAAGGAAGAGAGAAAGAAAGAGAAAGGAAGAAAAAAACAAACACAACACGAGUUCCUCCCCACCUUUAAGAAAAAGAGAGAAAACCAACCUGAAUUUUCCUUGAAGAAGAGAGAGAGAGAGAGAGAGAGAGAGAGAGAGAGAGAGAGAGAGAGAGAGAGGAAGAAAGAGGGGAUGGUGGGUUCGAUGGCAGAUGAUACUGUUCCACGGACGUCCCAAAAUAUUAUACAGAAGACAAGAAAAAGAAUGUGCGUGUAUUGCGGCCAUCAUUCCGGUUUGUCUCCUGACUAUGGCAAGGCAGCCAUGGAGCUAGGGAAAGAGCUGGUCCGCCGGGGGAUCGGCCUCGUCUAUGGGGGCGGCAGUGUCGGGAUCAUGGGUGUGCUAUCGAGGGCAGUGCAGGAAGGAGGCGGUGACGUCGUUGGCGUCAUUCCCGAGGCACUUACGCCUAUCGAGCUCUCAGGACCGAUGGUGGGGACCACCAUUGUCGUUCGUACCAUGCACGAGCGCAAGGCCAAGAUGGCCAGCUUGGCGGACUGUUUCAUCGCGUUGCCCGGCGGCUAUGGAACGCUGGAGGAGCUGAUGGAAAUGCUGACGUGGUCGAACUUAGGCUUUCACAGCAAACCCGUGGGAGUGCUGAACGUAGUCAAUUACUACGAUCCUCUCUUGCAGAUGUUUGAUCGGAUGGUCACCACGGGGUUUCUCUUGCAGGCUCAGCGGGACAUCAUCAUCUGUGAAUCCACUCCUUCGGGGCUCAUAGACCAACUACUGCUACGGGGAGGAGAAACAGCAAGGGACGGCGGUCAGCCGCCUCUACCGACGAGACCCAUCUUGCCUUCUCAUGGCGGUGAAUCCUUAGGAGGCGGCGACAACGACGGCAAUAAUGAAAGUAAGGGCACAUUGACUGUCCCUCGUCAUGCUGAAGAAACUGGCACAUUGACUGUCGCUCGUCAUGCUGAAGAAACUGGCACAUUGACUGUCCCUCGUCAUGCUGAAGAAACUGGCUGUCAGUACAGAGAAGAUAAGGCAACCUAGCAAUGAUAUGAUAAUGGAAGUAAGGGAGGAGGUGCGAGGUGGAGAGGGAUCUAUCUCCAAAACCUCCUGAUGUCGUAGGAUCAAAUCCUAUAGAGCGUGUUUUAUUAUAGAUAAGAUAGAAUGAAUAGGAUAUUAAAUU